CUAUAAUACACGUAACGUGAAUUAUAGAUUUUUAGUUCUGACAGUAUAUCGGAAAACAUUAGUUACAGUUUUAGUGUGUCUUUUGCCAUUCGAGUAAUAACUUGCACAUUACAGAUUCUAUCGCAAAAUGAAAUUCAGCUGCGUAAUUUUCAUGUGUUCUUUGAUCAUAGCCUCGGCUAUGACAAUGAUACAAUUCACUCAGGGUACCUUCGAAUCUUGCGAUCCAGACCAAUGGAUUAUGACAAAUUCAACAUUAAGAUUGAAAAACAACACGAAAAUAAUUUCAUGUAACAUUACUUAUAAAGAGCCAAACAAUAGCACAAUCUACAGGAUACAUAUUAUAAUAGAUUGUGAGGAUAUAAAUUCUAAUUGUACUAACGAACCGAUUGUAUGGAUUGACAAUAUCGAUUGUAAUUCCCAGAAUCUCUCGCUAUCGGAUAUGAACAUUUGUAGAAUUGGAAAUGAAUUGGCAAAAUGGGAAAAAGAGAAAGAGUUAUUAGCAUACCGAUAUGGGAUUUUUGGAGAUUUAUUCUCUCAAAUGGUGUUUUGUAUAAGUAUUAUUAACGUCAAUGGUACAGAAUCUGAUAUUUAAAAUUGUCUUUUUCAAACACGUAAAUAUCUUGCCAUGUAAGA